GAACUGGUUCGCACGAGGUUCGUGUUGAAAAUUAUGGGUCCCUCACGAUGCGGCUUUACGUCACCCAAUGCAUCAUCAGCAGCAUCACGAGCAAACGCGGUUUUGGUGAGAAGGAAGCCGGGCAUUCCGAGAAUCAGUUUGCAAAUGACUGCCAUUCUGCGUAGAAGAGCUCCAUUUGAUCGCGGCAUCGAUCCCGGAGAGACAGUAGCUCUUGUGCAAAGUCUUUCAUAAGGCUGAGCGCAGAAGCGGUGCCCUUUCUCGCCCUCUUCCUCUUCUACUACCUCCCAUCACCUCUCUCAACACUGCUUCUUCUCACCUGCACAGGUUUCGUUCGACGACCAUGGACUCGCUACCUGCUCGGUCCGCGUCGACCGAUGCAGCGAACACUGAUGAAGCACAAGGCUUGACUGGAGAGCAGAAUGUCUGGUCUGUCUACACCAAGACUCGGUCCACGAUCAAUGAGCAGCCAUUGAGCAAAGAUGAGAUCGACAAGAUGACAAAAUGGUUCCACGCCUCCAUGUACUUGUGCUUGGGCAUGCUGUACCUGAAGGAGAACCCACUGCUCAGAGAGCCUCUGAAGAAGGAGCACUUCAAGCCGAGAUUGCUGGGGCAUUGGGGCAGUGAUGCUGGCCAGUCCUUCACGUACAUUCACAUGAAUCGACUGAUCAAAAAGUACGAUCUGGACGCUUUUGUUAUUUCGGGCCCGGGACAUGGCGCGCCUGGCUUGAUUUCGAACUUCUACUUGGAAGGCGUGUACAGCGAGGUGUACCCGAACAAGGGUGAAGAUGUUGAGGGCUUACAGAAGUUCUUCAAGUCCUUCUCAUUUCCAGGUGGCAUUGGCAGUCAUAUGACGCCGGAGACUCCAGGAUCAAUUCACGAAGGUGGUGAGCUCGGCUACUCACUUUCCCAUGCAUUCGGUGCAGUCUUCGAUCACCCACACACAAUCGCCCUUACGAUCGUCGGCGAUGGCGAAUCCGAAACUGGACCACUGGCAACGAGCUGGCACAGCAACAAGUUCCUUAACCCGAUCAAGGACGGCGCUGUGCUCCCUGUACUUCACCUGAACGGCUAUAAGAUCAACAACCCUACGAUUCUGUCCCGAAUCGACGAGGAAGAGCUUACGAAUUUGAUGAAGGGCUAUGGAUGGACACCGUAUUUCGUGGAAGGCAGUGACCUCGAGACAAUGCACCAGGCUAUGGCCGGCACGCUGGAGCGCUGUAUCAACGAGAUCCGAACAUAUCAGAGACAGGCUCGUGAGUCCGGAAAGGUGUUUAGACCAAGAUGGCCUAUGAUCGUUCUGCGAUCGCCAAAGGGCUGGACUGCCCCUCGCAAAGUGGAAGGACACUACCUCGAAGGCUUUUGGCGUGCUCACCAAGUGCCUUUGACAAAGGUGCACACGGACCCAGAACAGCUCAAGGCCCUUGAGACAUGGAUGAGAGGGUACAAGCCAGAGGAACUCUUCACCGAGGAAGGUAAGCUCGUUCCCGAACUCCAGGAGCUAGCACCACCAAAGGGCAAGAGGAUGAGUGAGAACCCGAUUACCAAUGGCGGACUGCUGAAGAAGCCGUUGCGUAUGAACGAUUGGAAAGAAUACGCCAUUGAUGUAAAGAAGGCUGGCGUCACAAGUGCAUCGGGAAUGUCAAACUUUGCAAUUUUCUUGCGGGACAUUGUCAAGAACAAUCAGACAAGCUUCCGUCUCUUUGGUCCUGAUGAGACGGAAAGCAACAAGCUGUCCGCUGUCUACGAAGCUGGCAAGAAGAUUUGGGUGAACGGAAUGCUCGAAGAAGAUCGAGAUGGCGGCAACCUUGAUCCCAAUGGUCGUGUGAUGGAGAUCCUGUCUGAGCACACUUGCGAAGGUUGGCUGGAAGGCUACACUCUCAGUGGCCGUCACGGCUUGUUCAACUCAUACGAACCGUUCAUCCACAUUGUCGACUCAAUGGUCAACCAACACGCCAAGUGGCUGGAGAAGUGUGCGGAGGUGAAGUGGCGACAAGCUGUUGCUUCUCUGAACAUCCUGCUCACCAGUACUGUUUGGCGACAAGAUCACAAUGGCUUCACUCACCAAGAUCCUGGCUUCCUGGACGUCAUCAUCAACAAGUCGCCGGAGGUCGUGCGCGUUUACCUGCCGCCAGAUGGCAACACCCUGCUCUCGACCAUGGACCACUGUUUCAAGAGCGAGAAUUACGUCAAUGUGGUGGUUUCAGACAAGCAGAACCAUCUUCAAUACCUCAAUGUCGAGGACGCAAAUACUCAUUGCUCCCGAGGCAUCGGCAUCUGGGACUGGGCAUCGAACGACUAUGGCUCCGAGCCAGACGUAGUCAUCGCAUCUUGCGGUGACGUCGUGACACAAGAAGCCUUGGCCGCUACUGCCUUACUUCGCGAAUAUCUUCCCGACCUCAAGAUCCGCUUUGUCAACGUCGUGGAUCUCUUCAAACUGAUCCCACAUGGUUAUCACCCACACGGCCUCAAGGAUGUUGAAUACGACGCCCUCUUCACCAACAACAAGCCCGUCAUCUUCAACUUCCACUCUUACCCAUGGCUCGUCCAUCGCCUCACGUACAACCGCAAGGGCCAAGACAAGAUGCACGUCCGUGGAUACAAGGAGAAGGGUAAUAUCAACACGCCUCUGGAGCUCGCGAUUCGCAAUGAGGCUGAUCGAUACUCGCUUGCGAUCUUGGCGAUCGAGCAUUUGUCUGACGUCUUGGGCAACAAGGGGGCAGGACCGAGGGAGAAGCUGAUCGAGAGGAGAUUGCAUGCGCAGAAUUACGCGUGGGAGACGGGCCUGGAUGUGGAGGAGUAUAACAACUGGCAGUGGCCGUACUGAGAGAGGGCGAGAGAAGGUGAGGGCAAAAAGCGGGUAAGCGAUAGAUCAGAUCAGAGAGCCAUCUUCGGGCUCACUCAUGAAAUGAAUGAUAACGAAAUUGUGAUCACUUUUUAUGCGUCGUGCGUCCAAUCAAACGUGGAAAGACC